AUGUCUGACUCUGAUCCAAGCAGUAUAAUUUCCAAUAUCUCCUUCCAUCGCCGUACAACACUAGAGACAAAACAUGGCCUCCUCACCGUCUCAUUCGCAGACAUAGGCUGCCCGACGGGCCCGGCCCUGCUCUACCUUCCAGGAAUGUUCGCAUCACGAUAUCUUGGCAUUCCAAUGCAUACUCUCGCCAGUCGGGCAGGUGUACGACUUCUCGUAGUUGAUAGACCAGGAAUGGGUUGUUCGACUGAUGUCCCUUUGGCCGAGCGCAUAGACGCAUGGAUCGAUAUUCUACCGCGUCUACUGAGGUAUCUCGAUAUCCAACGAGCCUUCUCAUUAUGGCACCAUAUACCCCGAUUCUUCGUCAAAAAAGCCUCCCCCGUCCUCGCAUCAAGCGGGGCACUCCUCCGCUCCAUAGGCCCCAGUACAAGCGACGAAGAAGAUCGUACAUUCCUCGAUGCAAACUGGCGGCGUUUAGAACGCGACUAUGGCGUCCCACGCAAGGAGGCAGCGGAGCUUACUAAUCUUGUAGGUCAGUAUAUAUUUACAGAGAACACUGUCGGAGCGAAUAGCGAGGCACUGCAGUGUGUUCGAAAGGGAGACGGACGGAACUGGGGGGUUUGUUCUGAUUAUGCGGUAUGUGCGCGGGAGCUUGUGGAGAGGGAACAGAAACAGGGACAGCUGGAGGGUGCCAGUGCUGGUGGGGCAAGGAUAUGGGCUUAUCAUUCGACUAAGGAUGCUAUGGUUGGUAGUCGGGGGCCGAAGUAUUUUGAUGGGUGCUGGGAUGUAUCUGGGUCAAAGAGUACUUUUGUUUCGAGGACAGUUGAGGGGACGGAUCAUGAUACGGUGUGUCAGGCUGUGGAGGUUUGGGAGGAGAUAUUUUCGGUAGAUUGA